ACUUAACAUAACAAAUAACAAACAAAUAGUGACCAAUCAUAUGCUAAUAGGUGCUUAUAGAGGCAAGAAGCUUGUGCUACCUACCAAGGAGAAGGAAGGAGCAACAAUUGGCGAGUUUCGACUUUAUUUCCCACUAUAGCAGCGGUGCGGUGUGAAGGCGAGAAGAGUGAUCGAUGACUUUCUCCUGCGGCGACAGAGAGCAGCAAAUGGGGCGAGAGCUAGGGCGGUAGGCGACAGCAGAUGUUACUUCCCGUGUUUCAGAUUUUCUAGGGCAAGAGGCAAGUUUCUGAUUUUCUAAGUCAAAACGAAGAGUAUUGGGUUUAACCGCCUAAGCUCGCCCAGGAACGCCCAGACAUGCCUUCUCUCCACUAGGCGCAAACUAAGCGCUACCAGCGCCUUUUACAACGCCUAUGGUCAAGUUAAGGCGAUCCUCCACCGCCUGGCGCCUAAUUGAGCCUAGGCUCGCCUUCUUCAACCCUGGAAAAUAUUAACCCAAAAUUAAAAACCUACAGAGUUGAGCAUUUUCUUUCUUGGGCUGAAGCCCAGCUCUUAAGGACGACGCGGAGCCCAGUCCAUACCAAAAUUGGCGCGAACACUUCCCGCCAACAACCUCUUCGGCGGUACUACUAGGGCCGCUGGGACUGGUACACUGGACUGCAAAUCUGCGAUUUAGGAACUGUUCUUACCGCCGGGAGCAAACCCUUGGGACACUCUCACUCUCCGAAGCGCGGAACAGAGUACAGCUGCAAGGUGGAAAAUGGCGUCGCCGACUCCAAAUUCUGAAAACCAGCCAUCUACUCCGGAUUCCCCGACUUCGGCAGGCUUCAAUACAGAUCAACUCCCUCACCAUACCAGCCAAAACAAUACCGACGACGACGAGGCCUCCGUUGAUCCCCAAAUCAUUCCCGAUGAGCCGGAAGAGCUCGCGGAGGAUGAGGAGGAGGAGGAAGGAGAGGACCUCUACCACGACGAUUUCUUGGAUGACUACCGGAGAAUGGAAGAGAACGACCAGUACGAGUCAGUUGGACUGGACGACUCGUUAGAGGACGAAAGGGAUAUGGAUCAGAUCGUGCACGAUCGAAGGGCUGCUGAGAUAGAACUCGAUGCUCGUGAGGGCCGAAUGACGAACCGGAAGCUUCCUCAGCUUCUCCAUGACCUUGACGAUGACAAUUACAGGCCUUCAAAGAGGUCUCGAGCUGAUUUCAGGCCUCCAAAUGAGCCACACAGUUAUGAUGACACCGAUGGUAUGCAAAGCUCUCCAGGAAGGUCCCAGCGCGGACAUUCAAGAGAUGAUGUUCCCCUGACUGAUCAAACUGAUGAUUAUCCUUAUGAGGAUGAAGAUGGUGACGAAGGGGAGUUUGAGAUGUACCGUGUCCAAGGAACUUUGAGGGAGUGGGUUACCAGAGAUGAGAUUCGCCGUUUCAUAGCCAGGAAGUUCAAGGAGUUCUUACUCACCUAUGUUAAUCCGAAGAGUGGGCAAGGAGAUUUCGAGUAUGUGCGGCUGAUAAAUGAGAUGGCGUUAGCAAAUAAGUGUAGCUUGGAGAUUGACUACAAGCAGUUCAUCUACGUUCACCCAAACAUUGCCAUCUGGCUUGCUGAUGCACCCCAAUCAGUCCUGGAGGUCAUGGAAGAGGUUGCCAAGAGUGUGGUCUUUGACUUGCAUCCAAAGUACAAAAACAUUCAUCAGAAAAUCUAUGUCCGAGUUACCAACUUGCCAGUCUAUGAUCAGAUCCGGAACAUUAGGCAGAUACAUUUAAACACCAUGAUUCGCAUUGGGGGAGUUGUGACUAGACGUUCAGGAGUUUUCCCCCAGUUGCAACAAGUAAAGUAUGAUUGCAACAAAUGUGGGGCAGUAUUGGGACCUUUCUUUCAGAACUCAUAUUCAGAAGUCAAAGUUGGUUCUUGUCCUGAAUGCCAAUCAAAAGGACCAUUCACUGUCAAUAUUGAACAGACUAUAUAUAGGAAUUACCAGAAACUCACCCUUCAAGAAAGCCCAGGAAUUGUGCCAGCAGGCCGGCUUCCUAGACACAAGGAAGUGAUACUGCUGAAUGAUUUGAUUGAUUGUGCCCGCCCUGGUGAAGAGAUUGAAGUGACAGGAGUAUACACGAACAACUUUGACCUAUCUUUGAAUACAAAGAAUGGAUUUCCCGUCUUUGCCACAUUAAUUGAGGCCAAUUACGUUACAAAGAAGCAGGACCUCUUUUCUUCAUACAAACUUACCCAAGAGGACAAAGAAGAAAUUGAGAAGUUGGCUAAAGAUCCAAGGAUAGGAGAAAGGAUUGUUAAGUCCAUUGCUCCAUCUAUAUAUGGCCAUGAGGAUGUCAAAGCUGGGAUCGCGCUUGCAAUGUUCGGAGGGCAGGAGAAAAAUGUGGAAGGGAAACAUCGUCUACGUGGCGACAUCAAUGUACUUCUGCUGGGUGAUCCAGGCACUGCAAAGUCUCAGUUUCUGAAGUAUGUGGAGAAGACGGGGCAGAGGGCUGUCUAUACGACUGGUAAAGGAGCUUCUGCAGUAGGUCUCACAGCAGCAGUCCACAAAGAUCCAGUGACGAGAGAGUGGACCCUUGAAGGAGGUGCCCUUGUUUUAGCUGAUAAAGGUAUCUGCCUCAUUGAUGAAUUUGACAAGAUGAAUGACCAAGACAGGGUGAGCAUACACGAGGCAAUGGAGCAACAGAGUAUUAGCAUAUCAAAAGCUGGGAUUGUUACAUCUCUUCAAGCUCGAUGUUCUGUGAUUGCUGCUGCAAAUCCUAUAGGGGGAAGGUAUGAUUCAUCAAAGACAUUUGGGCAAAAUGUUGAGUUGACAGAUCCCAUUGUUUCUCGUUUUGACAUCCUAUGUGUCGUCAAGGAUAUUGUGGAUCCUGUAGCAGAUGAGAUGCUUGCAAAAUUUGUUGUAGAUAGUCAUUUCAAGUCGCAACCUAAGGGUGCUGCUAUGGAUGACCGGUCCAUGAACGAGUCCCAAGAGGACAACCAAGCCACUUCUGUGCCCACUGAUCCAGAGAUUCUUCCUCAAGAUUUGCUGAAGAAAUACAUAUCCUAUGCAAAGCUUAACAUCUUCCCUAGGCUGCACGACUCUGAUAUGGAAAAGCUAACCCAAGUGUAUGCUGAACUCCGGAAGGAAUCUUCGCACGGGCAAGGAGUCCCCAUAGCUGUAAGGCAUAUUGAAUCUAUGAUUAGGAUGUCCGAAGCACAUGCCAGAAUGCAUCUCAGACAGUACGUGACAGAAGAAGAUGUGGACAUGGCAAUAAGAGUUCUUCUGAAUUCAUUCAUAUCAACUCAAAAGUACGGAGUGCAGAGGGCUUUGCAGAAGAGUUUCAGAAAGUACAUCACAUACAAGAUGGAUUACAACAGAAUGCUUUUCAAUCUUCUAAGGGAGCUGGUGAGCAAAGCUCUGCGCUUUGAGGAGAUUGUUUCUGGUUCAACCUCGAGGCUUAGCCAUAUUGAUGUGAAGAGGCAGGAUCUCCAGAGCAUGGCCGAAGAACGGGGGAUUACAGAUUUGGAACCUUUCUUUUCCAGCAAUGACUUUUCAGCGGCCAAUUUUGAGCUGGUGGAAGAGCGUCAGUUGAUAAGGCAUCGCCUUCCAAGGCAGUCGCAAUAGUUUGGUUGCAGAUUUGUAAUACUAGUACUAUAGUGUGUACCCAUUGGCUGGCUCCUCCCGCAGCAAAUCGAGCUAUAUUUAUUUAGUGCUUUAUUGUGACACUUUUGUCAGACGUAUCCUGUAUUUUUCAUCUAGUUAUUAGUUAUUAUUAUUAGAUCUUUAAAUUACUAUUAAAUAGUUAUUAUUAUUAGAUUUUUAAAAGGACAAGUAAUGAAAUUACUAUUCCUUACAGUCAAAUUAGAUCCUUAAAAGAACAAGUAAUGAAAUUACUAUUCCUUAAUUUUUUUUAUUUAUUUAUACUAUUCCUUAAUUAGUAGUUAUUAGAAAAUGACAAGCAAUUAUUAUUAUUAGUUAUUAUUAUUAUUAGUUAUUAUUAGAAUUAUUAAGUCCCAAGUUUGCACAAAUUUCGGGUACUGUUCAUUAAGAAAUUUUCGGAGGUCACUGUUCAGCAAGGGAUUUUGGAAUCUGUUGCAGCUGUUUUUAAAUGAGCCCGAGUUCAUCAGGUUGGGUAGGGCAAGUGUGGCCAUUGGGCUUACAUACAAACAACCACACCCAGCCAAUACCACUAUUUCACUAAAAAAAACUAAUACCCUUCUCUUUUUCUGUGCGUCCCCCUCUCUCCUCUUCUUUUCCCCAUUCACUCUCUUUCCCUAUUGUGAAAAAAAACCCAGAAAAAGAUUUGUUUCCUCUUCAGAGGGAAGAGAUCAUUGAAAUACCAGGUUGAAUGCGAUUGAAGUCGCAGUUGUUGAGUCCGGCCGUGUGUGAUACUUCUCAAAUGAUAUAGCACUAUGGCAGAUUAGACGACUUAGAGAAAGAGGAACCAGGAUAUCAUGGCUCGGGUUAUCAGAUCCAAACAAAGGAUAGAUUUUAGAGGCGUUCGAUCUCAGGGGUCUGCAAGGAAAAGGUUGCGUCGAUGGAGGAUGUGGAAAAUAAAGGCGAUAGCAUAAUUUUGGAUGGUCUGUAAAGGAGGAGGAAAGGUGAGCUUGGAUUUGCUUUCGGAAGGGCUAGGGUGUUCUUCUCGCUCCAUCUUCUGCAACACUGAGAUAUUACUUCAAAAGGAGAAAUACUCGGAGGUCAGUGUUGUUUCAUGUAUUGAGUUUUGGUGUUUGAUGUGCAUUGACUUGGGUAUUCACGACUUCUAUUGAAAUAUCAUAACUUGAAUAGGGCAUGAUAUUGCAUUUGUUCUUGACUAUCGACCUUUCAAAAACUAGACAACCGUUUCUUUCUGACAGAGCAAGACCAAAAUUGGGUUUUCCAUAACUUCUCUGCCAUAGUUCUCUUAAAUUACUAUGCAUAAGUAAUUUGAAUUGGUUUCCCUAUAAAAGUGCGUUGUUGUAUGCUACUCUUUCUAUCCUUUGACUUGCUUUAUCAAAAUUGUCUUUCUUUACAAUGAUUCUCCAACUGUCUUGACUAAAUGCACUUUCACUCAAUUAUAUAGGAAGUUUAGUGUCAAUCUAAGCUUUUGAAGGAUCAAGGACACAACAUCCAUUUAGGAUCGGCAACUCUACUUCAUUAACCAGGCUGUUGGGAAAAGGGUAAUUUGCAGAACCAAAGGAUUAAAGUUCCUCCCUGUCAAGGUUUUGUUGAAAGCUCAUACGUUCAGUACAUAUGUUUUUGAUUUAUGAUGCUAUUAUGCACUCUGCCUACCCUACCCUCCAUUCCUGUCAUUGUGUAGAUUAUUUAUUUCAUAGAUCACUGCAGAUCAAUGUCACCAGAAUGUGAUGGUCAUGUUUGUUUCAAUUAGUAGUAAUCAUAGAUCAUUAUUUAAGAUGAGUAUUAACGCUCCAAUGUGUUGGCCCCAUGUUACUUACUUUAGAUAUAUUGGUCCUCCAAUUCUCUUUGUUGUUUAUGAAUCAGUGGUCUUUUUGUUCUUGGUUGCAACUACACGAUGUGAAUCUGUACUAUUUAAGUUCAUUGUCAAGCUGACUUUUUACUACUCCUAUUGCUUUGUGUCAUCGUUCUCGCAAACUGUUUUGCUUUGCCAUGGUUGCUUUUUAACAUUGCACCUCUCUAUUAGAGGCUGAUGUAUUAUGCAAGAUUUCAGUCAUCUACUGUUUAUACACCUUGGAAGUUCGUUGACAAUGAUAUAACUGAUAUCUAUUUCCUUGCCUUCUGUAUAAUCUUUAGAGUUGUGACAAACAGUAAAGAUGCAAUUCCUGC